CAGCGUCGACGUGUCCUGUCAGAAGGCCAGCGAGUCGUUCUGGAUCACAGCGACGAAGCAGUCCUGCUGCAGAUCGAACCUCAGCUUUUCAGAAGUUCUCAGCACCGUCAAUGAGAGCUUCACAGAGCCGGACAGAAACAGACGGAGAGACUCCUGGACCAACUGACAGAGACACUCGUCCCAGCUCUGAGCAGGGGGAUCAUCCCUGGAGUCCAAAGGAGAGGAGGGAGGAAAACGACCAGCAAAUGUCAGCGCCUGUGUGGACUCUGACUGACACUAAGAGACGGCGGCUGGCAGAGAUCCCUUUGUCCUGGACUGCAAGUGCUAGUAAUCUCUACAUCUUUUAAAACACUCUGAAAAUCUUGGAGAAAAAUCCGCAUCAGCAUCAAACUGCUUCAACCAGCUCAGAUUUCCUGAGCAGACCGACAGUCCAGCGUCCCCCCCCCCCCAUCCUCGUUUUCCUAAACAACCAGAGGGACUGCUUUCCUGGUCCGACCCCAACGAUGCUCCCCUUCAACCCCUCCCUCCUCCUCACCCUCCUCCUGGCUGGUCCGGCCCUCCUGACCCCAUCAACCUCCCAGGAGCUUCAGGUCAGAGGUCACAGGACACCGAGGGACACCAAGCAGGACUCCAUCAAGGUGGUGAUCUCCGAGGGCUGUGCCACUCAGGGCGACUCAUCUGAUGUCAGCCAGGGAGGUAAAGAAAUCGACCUGGCCCCUGGUUCUCCUCUGGUCCUGACCCAUAAGAUCAAACUGGUUCCUUCAGGACCAGUGUCUAGGUCUUGUGACUGCGAGGCGGACUUUGCUGCCCUUCGGGAGCGUCUGGAGAGGCUGGAGAGGGAGGUGUCGGCCCUUAGGGAGAAAUGUGGAGGAGCCGAGGGAGGCUGCUGCACCUCCAAGGAGAGCAAAGGUGCAGGUUGCUCCAUCAAACCAGGCAUCGACGAGUGUCCCAACGAGUGCAGCGAUCAAGGUCGCUGUGAGGGCGGCAAGUGUGUCUGUUUCCCUGGUUUCAGUGGACCGGACUGCAGCCAGUCCAACUGUCCUCGAAACUGCAACGACAAUGGGAAGUGUGUGAACGGACAGUGUGUGUGCGAUCCUGCAUUCACCGGCCCCGACUGCUCCAAGAGUGCCUGUCCCAACAACUGCAGUGAUCAUGGACGGUGUGUUAAGGGUAAAUGUGUUUGUGACAAAGGAUUCACUGGUGCAGACUGCUCUGAGAAUUCAUGCCCGGGGAACUGCAACAAAAGGGGGCGCUGUAUUAAUGGACAGUGUGCCUGUAAUCCUGGAUUCACUGGACCAGAUUGCACCAAACGAGCCUGUCCUGAUAACUGCAACAACCGCGGCAGGUGUGUUAAUGGUAAAUGUGUUUGUGACAGCGGCUUCACUGGUGCGGACUGCUCCGAGAUUGCCUGUCCGGGAAACUGCAACAACAGAGGGCGCUGCGUUAAUGGUCAGUGCGUUUGCGACGAUGGAUUCGGCGGCCCAGAUUGCUCUGAAAGAACAUGUCCUAAUAACUGCAACGACAAAGGGAGGUGCGUCAAAGGGAGGUGUAUUUGCCGGCCUGGGUUCACCGGACAGGACUGUAGCCUGUGUGAGGAGGGGAUGACCGGGCACAACUGUGACACAGCCAUGUCAGGUGUUUCCCAGCUGAGUACGCGGGACAUCACGGAGACGUCCGUCACUCUGGUCUGGACUCCGCCUCCUGUGCAGUAUGACACCUACCACGUCACCUUCACCAGCCAGAAGGAGAGUGACCAGCAGAUAAUCGCCCAGGUGGAGGGCAGCCUGACCACCUUCACUCAGAUAGGACUGGCAGCCGGUCAGGAGUACAGCGUCACCAUCACCGGAGAAAUCAACGGCAGGAGGGGAGCCGAGAGCUCCACCGAAUUCAUGACCCUCAUCUCCGGUCCCACCAACCUCCAAGUCGUGAAGACGACCUCAACAUCUGCAGUGGUCCAAUGGGAGAAGUCACAGGGUGAGAUUGACAGGUACCGUUUGACCGUCACAUCCAGCGACGGAGCAGGGAGGAGUCAUGAAAUAACCGUCCCAGCUGACCAAGACUCCGCCCACAUUCGGCAGCUGGAGGCCGGGCAUUUGUACGACAUCAUCCUCGUGGCGGAGAGGGGCACAAGUCAGAGCGAACCAGCAACCACCCAGGCAGUUCCCGGGAAGACAUUACCAAGGGCUACCACGGCAGCUUUGACCAUGCACGUCCCACUAGCACCAGGACAAGAUGUCGGCAACUCGGACCAAGAACUUAACCCAUCACCUGAGGUGCAAGACUUUGACCGACAGGGGAGGAGGGAGGAUGAUAGAGAGUCAGAGUCUGUAAAAGCUGGAGGUAUCGAUGGACCUAACAAAGACUCUACACUUUCUGUGACUGCAAGGACAAAACCUCUGGUCAGCAGGACGAUGAUCACCAGGCCCAAACCUGCUAGAAGGUUUACAUUGUCCAGGAAGCAAGAAGGCCCAGGGCCUUUCCGUUUCAACACAACCAGAGUUUGGCCUGGAGGGAGAAACAUUCGCCCUGGCCAUUUGAAUAAGCCCCAAAUGGCGGAGAAGAAGAACGCACCAAUAGCACCCAAAAAACCUAAACCAGGGGCCCCCAAAAUAGGGAACAGGAUUAUAGCUAUGACUUUGAAAGAACCCAGCAUUGAAGUAUUAGGCACUGAGAGGAGGGAUGACAAAAAUCUAGCUGUGAUGUCUGGAAAUGAUUCAGAAACAAACAGACAAAGUAGCUCAGAGGAAUCAAAAGAGCAACCAGAUGUUCGUAUGGUAGGCCAAGGAAACGACACUGCUCCACUGUCUUCAAAGCCAACUGGGACUAUUCAAAGCCAGGAUAAGAAAUGUCUGAACAAAAUUAAAGUGACGCACAUCAGAUUACCCCAUAAGGACAGAGGCAGCGGGUGUAAAGGGGAUGGCACAGUGCUGGAAGGAAACACAUUGGGGUCUGAUCAGCGUUCCUUUGAAACAGAUGGUACACCCCCUUCUGAUCUGAAACCCUCGUCUACAGAAACAGACCGUGACUAUUCAUCAGAUCCUCUCCAUAAACUCCUGACAGACACUUUUGGCAGUUUGAAUACCACAACGUUUUCUGUUCACCUGUCCAAACUAUCAAACCUCUCUGAUGAUUCAGACACAGUGAGGAAUCAGAUUUUGACGGGACUGAAGCCACUGUCAUCAAUCUCGUCCUCUUCAUCAUCCUCAUCAAUCCCACAAUCAUCAUCAUCAUCAUCAUCAUCAUCAUCAUCAUCAUCAGAGUCAUCAUCAUCAUCAGAGUCAUCAGCUACACCAUCAUCAUCACUGCCAUCAUCUUCAUCCUCAUUGUCUUUAGCAUCACCCUUACAAGUUUCAUUCUCAUCAACAGACCCACCAUCAUCAUCACUAAGAUAUUUCAUUUCGUCAUCACCCUCUUCAUCACCAUCACUUUCAACUUUAUCACCAUCAUCUCCAUUACCACCAUCGUCACUACCAUCCCUAUCACUGUCACCUGCAUCAUCAUCCUCUCCCAGCUCAGAUAAAUCAGAUUCAGUUGUAGGCAAUGAUCUAGACGUUGAUAACAGCAAAGGCACCCCAGACACUGCAUCAUCAGAGGAAAGAAAACAACCACCCUCAGAAGAAAGUGGCAUACUUCUUCUCCGCCCAACACCUCCAAAACGCAGCUUCAUACGUCGUCCACGCCUACACUUUGGUUCAUUUCAGAACAAAACCGGUCUAAAUUUUAGGAUUUCUCCCCAUUCUCCUCUUCGUUGGAACAGUAUCCCUAGAAGAGUGAAAGAAACCAGACAUACAUUGAAAAAUGAAUCAUCAUCUUUAUCUGCUUCAGAGAACUCAUUCUCAGUUGAGGUAAACAAACCAGUUAGGGAUGCAAGUGGAGAGAAAGAUGGGGCAGCCACACCUGCAUCCUAUGGAGUUGAACAAAACCAGAAAAAGAUCCAGACAGGAAGAAGACAAAUCCCAGUUCGCCGUCCUCCUCCAAAGGGUGGAUAUGUGCAUCGCCCCUAUCCAAACGUGGGACCUCUUCGGAACCGAACUCGUGCAAAUUUGGAGCUCUUGACUCGCCCCACUCGCCCUCUAAAUCCUGAAACCAUGACAAAGAAAGAGCAGAUAUCUCCUGCUGAAUUACCAUCCACCUCAUCUCCUCCUCCUUUUUCCAAAGAAUCCUAUCCGACCGAAGGUACGGAGCUAGUAGGAGAGGAGAAUAAAGAUAGACCUGGGAUGAGAAUCUCCACAUCAAGCAUGUUCAAUGAGUUAAAUCGGGCUCUCAGUGGAGUGGCUUCUUCCCAUCGCCCAACCACCGAAGGUGGUUACUUCCGUCGCCCCCAACAGUAUCGUGGACCUUUCCAAAACAAAACGCGUCCACACCUGAGACAACCUCAAUAUCCACAUAGAGGUCUCAUGCACAAACCUUUCCCAAUCAGAAAGCUAACUGGUGUUACUGUUGGAAGUAAAACUAGCCAACUAAAAAAGGAUAGUACCCCUGAGAUCACCGAUAACCAAUCAGGAGAGCAGGGUGUCCCCAGGCCUACCCAAGGAGACCAAAUUAGACAAGCAAGGGAACAAGGAGCUGCAGAUGUAAUUCCAAGUGUCCAGAUGGAUGGUCAUGAUACUACUGUCAGACAACAGAAUAACAAAUUGGAAAAGGAGGACAGUGCUCCGAUCCAAACAAAUUCGGGGGAAGAAGAAACUCAUACCCCAGACUCUGAUUUUGACUCUGGCAUCCAUAAACAGAAAGUCAGUCCUGUUAUAAAUGAUCCCCUGACAUUUCGAGGUAAACCAAUUAUGAAACAAACUUUUCCAAAAGCGUCAACGCCAGUCAAAUUUCCAAAGAGACAACCAACAUCAACAAGUAUAACAGGACAACAUCGCACCCAGAUGAGACACUUCAUCAGCGAGAGCAAAAGAGGAGAGGAUCCAAAAACAAAUCAGACCGCAAAAAGGGUGCUUGACAGUAAAACGGGACAGACAAGAGGUGCUGCUUCCAAACCGCCGAUGGGAUCAGAUGCUUCUUCUUCCGAAGUCCCAAGGGAACCUCUGGACUACGUGGGAGUGACGAACCGUACCUCAGAUGGAUUUACGCUCACAUGGGACUCACUGGAAGGAAAGUACAAAAACUUUGCUGUGACUAGGAAACAAGUUGGAAAAGAUGAAAAGCCAAAGCAGAAGAAAAGCAAGACAGAUCAGGAAAGACACCAAGAAGACUCUAAGAAUGAGGGUGGCAUUGAAGGGGAGGAAGGGAAGCAACAACCAACCAAAGAACCGGAAUCAGGAAAUAGGAGCACUGAAGAUGAAAACAGAAUACCCGAAAGUGUCGUUACACAUAUUCCAAGGAAGCAAAGCAGAACAACAGUCAAACCUGCAACAGAAAGUGACAAAACCUUCAAAGAAGUUCUUCCUGGUUCAGCUCGCUCCCUCCGCUUUGAGGAUCUGCCUCCUCAGACCGAGUACACCGUGACCUUGCUUGGAAAGGGUCCUGGCCUUCUGUCAAGACUGCACAAGCUUGUCAUCAGUACAGGCCCAGAGCCUCCAUCCAACAUAGUCUUCAGUAAGGUGACCGAGAACUCUCUGACGGUGUCCUGGACCAAACCAAAGAGCUCCGUCAGUGGUUUCAAAGUCACUUACACCAACGCUGAGGACGGAGAGCCCGUGUCCGUGUCCCUGGACUCGGAGGACUCCACCGUCGGCCUCUCAAAGCUCUCUCCUGGUUCCACUUACGAGGUCAGCGUCAUCUCCAUCCUGGGACUGGACGAGAGCGAUCCACUCAAAGACCUUGUCAUGACACCCCCUGACCCGCCCACAGACCUCCGGGCCGUAAACGUCACCGACACCAAGGCCUUGCUAUUGUGGCGUCCCGCGUUGGCCGCCGUCGAUAAGUACGCCAUCGUUUACGGCUCGAGCACAGGUUCAGAGCUGAGGAUCACGGUGUCUGGAAAUGCAGCGGAGCAGCAGCUGAGCGGUCUGGAAGGAUCCACCACCUACACCGUCACCGUAACCAGUCAGCUGGGCAGCAUGGAGAGCUCACCGGCGACCACCAGCUUUACCACCACCAGUGGCUCCGGGAGCGAUGGGGACGGGCCGCGAGAUCUCCAGGCCAACAAUGUGACCCCGCGCACCGCCCUGCUGUCGUGGAAACCACCCCCAGAGCCCGCUGGCAGCUACAGGCUGACCUAUCAGACUGAAGGUCAGGAAAGGAAGGAAGUGAUAUUGGACGCCUCAGUGACAGAGUACAACCUGACCAGACUUGACCCUGGAUCUAAGUACACGGUGCAGCUACAGGCGGAGGCAGACACCUCUGCCAUCUCCACAGAGUUCACCACCGUCGCCUUGAGGUUCCCUUUCCCCACCGACUGCUCUCAGCAUCUGCUGAACGGCGUCAGGGCGUCAGGCGAGGUGGAGAUUUUCCCUCAGGGGAAGAAGGGGACGCCCAUGAUGGUUUACUGUGACAUGGAGACAGACGGCGGAGGCUGGACGGUCUUCCAGCGGAGGAAGGACGGCUCGGUGGAUUUCUUCCGAGGCUGGAAGGAGUACGCCACAGGAUUUGGAGAUCUGAGCGGGGAGUUUUGGCUCGGCCUCGAGAGUGUCCACAACCUGACAGCAAUGACCAGGAUGAGUCUGCGAAUCGACCUGCGAGACAGAGACGAGUCAGCGUUCGCCAAGUACUCGACGUUCGAGGUGGCCAGGAGGGCCUACAGACUGACCGUGGGCGGAUACAGUGGCACCGCAGGCGACUCUCUCAGCUACCACAACAACCGGGUCUUCUCCACCAAAGACCGGGACCCCUCGCCGUCCAUCACCCGCUGCGCCAUGUCGUACCGAGGAGGCUGGUGGUACAAGAACUGCCACGAGGCAAACCUCAACGGCGUCUACGGCAUCGACGUCAAACACCAGGGUUUGAUCUGGACCACCUGGAAAGGAAAGGACUACUCCAUCCCCUUCACUGAGAUGAAGAUGAGACCGACGUCCUUCCGUCCUCCGGCCAGAGGAUGAAAGAGAGAGCGGGGCGAACAAUGAACUGCUAAUCACGUGCAUGGACAGCAGUGUGUCAGUACAUGUGGAAACACACACACAUGUGAACAUGCAAACACGCAUACAGAGCAGACUGAACACACGCACCCUCAUUAUAACGGAGCGCCUCGCUCAGAAGAGACGGAGACGUAUUUUUUCAUGUGUAUAGAGGUCAGUUAUCAGUAUAUUACUGCUGAUUGUACAGUUUCUUCAUUUCUCUCCUCUUUAAAGCAGGGCUGCUUAAACUUUCUCUAUAUUUUUAAAGGGUCAGUCCACCCAAAUUACACGGAAGAAUUUCCUCACGUACCACAAGCGAUGGCCGCCCGUGCAGAUAGUUCGGGUUUCGUGCGCCAAUAAUUUGAAAUAUUUGAGACUUCUGCCACCGCGCCAAUAUGAUGCAGACUCACUUCUGAGGCUAAAAAGGGACCGGAGUUCGCCGAUUAAUGCCGUGUUCCAGUUUUCCACUUCCACUUGUGGUUCGCGUCAACAUCUACAACUCGGCUCUUACUAAUACGGAAGUGUCUGAAACAAAGAUAUGGACACCUCACCCACAUUUAAUGGACGUGUCGUUUUAUUGUCAAUGCACCGACUUUUUAACUCUCACUCUCAGCGCUCUCCGGUUGUCAGAGGACGUUUGCAAGUCGUUAACACCACGAUCUUUCCCCUCUCUGCCGACCGUCCCAACACAGCAGCCUGUAAUAGUGCAAAAGGGCCAAUGUUUCAACACAACUGUGUCAAAAUGGACAAAAACGUAAGGCAAACGCACAUGGAGUCCCCCUAGAGCUCUGUGGGUGUGCGAUCCUCAUCGGGUGAUUUCCGAUCUGCUGGAUAAUGGAUCUGACUUUGUGGACUUUUCCAGGUCAGUAAAAUUAACCUACAAAAGCUGUUAAGGUAUAUUUGGCUCCAGUCAUGUGGGAUGUUCUCAUUUGAAAUACUAAAUGCCGCAAUCUGUAUCGGCUGCCCGAAAAUAUCUGACAGCCCUUUAAAAACAGAGCUCCAAAAAUGUGUUUUUUGUUACCAGAACGUGGCUGUGUAGCGAUUUUGGUGCGGAAAAAGAAAAUUUCCCAUAGCUGUAAUGCUGUUGGGCCAAUCAUGAAAUGACGACAUGUGUUUGCCUCAUAUCUCUGUCCAUUCGUUGGCCUGUUUGCACUAUUCAAAGCUACGAGAUAAUCAGUGUGCUCUGGGCUCUUUUUUCCCGUGUGAAUGAGGCUGAUGUUUGCAGCACUUUUGUCAUUUUUUUUUGUCUUUUGUCAGUUUUUUGUGAAAACUGCAAGUCAGAGGUCACAUCUUGUCUGUGCAUCCAGGCUUUUCAUUAAGGUUGAUGUAAAUAAAUAACACACCACAUGCUGCAUUAUUUGAUGUUGGAAUGAACGUAGCCAGUAGACAAAGAGUUACACAUACAGUAAAAUACAGAAUCACUAUUAUACAGAGUUGUUGCUGCCGGAGCAAAAAGCCUUGUGUCUCCAAAAUCUGUCAUUUUCAAGAACUAAUAAAAACGGCUUUGUUUUUGUCUUGAUGUACUUU